AUGGAUCUGGGGUAUCGGAAUCACCUGCUGGCUGCCAAUGGGCCCGCCCACAGCGCUACUGUGAUCACGCCGAGCGACCUUCGGAAUAGACUGCCUCGGCCACCUCCGGCCUUCACGGAACAUUUCGACAUGGACAAGAACCCGGUCCCGGCCAAACGCCGGGGGGCAGCCGGAAGGCUUGCAACGAGUGUAAACAGCAGAAGACGCAAUGCCGAAAUGGAAAAAGAGAUUGCUGAUCUCCGUCGCCGAUUGACGGAUCCCUCUCAUGAGCAGCAGACGGCUGACGCCCAUGCAAGCGAGGAUCUGUCACCAUGCUCGGCAGAUGCCUUCAGCGGCCGUGACUCGGUAGCCGGUGUCGAUCGACCCCGGCCCGUCUCGGUGCCGGUGGAACCGCAUCCGUCAAUAGGGACUCCCUUGACCAUGCAACGGGACGGAUCUAUUGUAUCGCAAGAAGAAAAUUCAUGGAGAUUGGAAGAUAUAUCUCUCUCGCGUACGCGAGUAGUCCGCCUUUACGAACAAUACUUCACAUACUACCACCCUUUUCUGCCACUCUUGAACCCUCCUAAGCCGCCAGAGGUGUAUCUAAACCGAUGUCCUCUGUUGGCAUGGACUAUUAUCUGCGUUGCGAGUCGACGGUCUCCAUCUGACCCCGGUCUCUUGACCGCGCUGUCGGGUCCAUUCAGCCGGCUGCUAUGGUCCACCAUCACCGGCGUCCCGCAGGACUACCGGGUCGUCAAGGCUCUGUGUGUCUUGUGCACAUGGCCAUUGCCUACGACAAGCCAGCGCACGGAUGCAACGUUCAUGCUCAGCGGUCUAAUGAUGCAGAUUGCGAUGCAGUUGGGUUUGCAUCGUCCCGUCCAGGCGGAGGAAUUCACCACGUUCCAGAUGGAAGUUCAAGGCGAGGCGCUAAAAGAUCGACUGCACACCUGGGUGAUCUGUAACAUUGUAGCGCAGAACGUGGCGACUGGGUAUGGCCAGCCACCCAGCACGAACUACGAUUGGGCUCUUGAGCCUGCCUCCCUAAAAGAUGCCGACUAUCGACUUCCCGACGACCUUCGGAUCCGGUUACGCAUCGAAAAAUUCUGUGACCGCGUCACCAAGUCCUUGUACAGUAGCAAACCAGAACCUUCAGAGUUUAUAAGUGCCGAGAAGCUGGUGAUCGUUCAGAUCCUGGAAAGCGAACUGCGAGAGAUGGAGGUGGAUUUUGGUCGAGAUAUCUCGCCCAUCAAUAUGAUCCACCUGCGUGCUGCGGAGCUACAUUUCCGGUACUUUGUCUUUUUAGGGUCAAGUGCACGCAGCGACGACCUAACCAAGCUCUUCAUCGCAACGACAUCAUUCCUGGGCCGGGUGCUCGAUCUAGAAACCUCACCCGGCGAACUAAUCGGGCAUUCGACCAACUACAUCCUGCAGAUGAUCGUUUCGGCAGCGUUUGCCCUGAUGAAACUACUCAAGAGUAGUUUCAGCCGGCACAUCGACUUCAACCACGGCAAGCUGCUCUUCAACGGCGCCAUCUCCGCCAUCCGCCGCAUCAGCGUCAUGGACCACGACCGGCCCGUCCGGCUGGCCGAUAUCCUCGCGCAGAUGUGGAAUUUCACGGGGCCCGAGCUGCCCGCAGAGGGAGACGGUCUUCAACUCAAAGUCCGCUGCCGCAUGAGCAUGAGCCAUGUGUACGAUACGGUCUGGCGCUGGCGACAGCGGUUCCGACCGGUCAAGAGCAUCGAGGAAAUGCAAGCGGCGGCGGCGAACCAGGACGUAUCAGCUACGGCGGGACCCUUGGCGCGACAGCAGGAUAGCAGCUCGCUCGAGGAUCCGAGCUUGAUGCUCCCCGCGCAGUUUGAUGAGAGUGGUGCGUUCUUCAGCGAGGCCGGGUUCUCGGAGGUGUUUGACUCGCUCAACUGGGUAUUUGAGGGGUUUCCGGACUCGUUUGUGGCUCCGCCGGUUCUGUAG